AUGGGGGAUACCUCCUGUAACACCACUGUGACAGAACAGAUUCAACUUUUGCCAGGGGCCCAGCCACCAUGCGUAAAACAAUAUGCAAUGCGGAUGGAGGCCAGGAAAGGACUGAAGCCGUUAGUUGAACGGUUCCUGGAGUAUGGCCUUCUCCGUGAAUGCACAUCAGCUUUUAACACACCCAUCUUGCCUGUGAACAAGCCUAAGAGUGAUGAAUAUCAUUUCGUCCAAGACUUGAGAGCUGUAAAUAAAGUGGUUGUGAGUAUAUACCCUGUGGUUCCUAACCCGUACACUCUGUUAUCUGCCUUGAAUCCAAAUCAUAACUGGUUUACGGUUAUUGAUUUAAAAGACGUUUUUUUUUGUAUACCAGUAGAGAGGGGAUCUCAGGAAAUAUUUGCAUUUGAAUGGGAAGACCCAGAUACUAGCAUCAAGACUCAGUUUUGCUGGACUGUCUUACCCCAAGGGUUUAAAAACAGCCCAACCCUAUUUGGCACUGCAUUAAGCAAGGAUUUACAUAGGCUAAAACUGCCACUGUCCUGUGCUCUUUUGCAAUAUGUGGAUGACUUGGCCAUCCUCCUAGAUAAGCCUGAAAUUAAAUUGGCCAUUUCUCGCACUGUAAAUCCAGCAACAUUGUUGCCACCUAUGGCUGACACACCAGAUCUUGUACAUGAUUGCCUGCAAACAUUGGAAGCUGUUUACUCCUCAAGACCAAACCUGAGAGACAAACCUCUUGAAAAUGCUGAACUGGAAUUCUACACGGAUGGCAGCUCGAGUAUGGAGAAUGGAAUUCGAAAAUCCGGAUACGCUAUCUUGACUACACAGAAUGUGAUAGAAGCAGGACCUUUAAACCCAUCUGUUUCAGCUCAAAAGGCUGAACUCAUCGCUAUGACUCAGGCUUUGCAAUUGGCGGCCAACAAAACUGUCAAUAUUUAUACUGAUUCUAAAUAUGUUUUCCUUGUUUUACAUGCUCACAGAGCGCUGUGGAAAGAGCGGGGUUUACUUGAUGCUAAAGGAGCAAGCAUUAAUCAUAGCAAGCAAAUAAAAGCUCUCCUCAAGGCAGUCUGGGAACUGAAGGAGGUAGCGGUAAUGCAUUGUAAGGCACAUCAGAAAGGGAACGACCCCUCCACAAAAGGUAAUCGAUUUGCUGACGUCAUGGCAAAGAGAGCAGCUAAAAGACCUCAGACAGACUUGCUGCCCGAAGUAAGUAAUCUGUUACCUCUCCUCCCAGACCUAUACCAGCCUGUGACA